AGACCUAGAUCACCUGACUGCCACGACCUGCCUUCUCGUUCACUGGGUGUUCCUCCGGUGCGUUGCGUGACAGAAAAGGGCAGGGAACUGCGAGUGUGUUACGUAUUACCUGCCGUUGAUCGCCAUGAGGGUGGCUGGUAGAGUUUUCAGGAAGUAGUGGAAGUUCAACACGCACAGCAGUCACACACGCACACGAGGGUCUGUGCAAACUAAAAUCACCAGCAUCAUGCGCAGGAACUGCGUGAGGAGGGAAUUCUUGUGGUCUAACUUCGGACUACAGCUUCAGAAAGCUGAAGCUUUCUGUGAAUGUCAGUGGCGAUGGCCUCGCCCCGUAUUCCUGGUGUACCGGCUGGCCCUGGGGAUCUACGCCGUCUUCGCCCUUACGGAGGAUAUCGUGAGCUGGAAAAAGAGCGCCUGGCAGCACCACGUCCUGGUUUUCUUGACCACGUGGACCUACAUCUUGCUGACGGCUUACUUUCUGCUGGGGGCCGUCCUGGCUCUGCUGUAUUAUAUUUAUCAACGGCACUUCCGCACGAAGUAUCCCAACAUCGCACCCUCCAAAAACCAUCUUGUCGAGAAAGCUUGGGCCAUACGGAGACUCUCCCGGCAGAAAGUCAACCCAGCAUUUCUUGAUGCUGCCAGGAAAGUCAAUGCUCCUCCAAACUCCGACACCGCUAGCAGCGCGAACGGAGACAGUCCGCCGGUCGUUGUUGUAGAUUCCGCAGUUGACAAGAAAGAACAGAACGGAAGUGACGUCAAGACACCCACCCACGGUACGUGGCCAGUUGACAAGAAAGAAGCAAACGGAAGUGACGUCAAGACACCCGCCCCACGCCCGCACAGCACUCCACGUCCCGUCAGAUCUUCGCCUCCGGACAAAAGAGCGACAAGCAUGCUCAGCGAGGUGACGCUGCCCUGGUACAUCCAACUGUACUGGUUGCUCGGCAACAUCGUGCAAGUCUUUUCCGUCAUCGUCACGGUUAUUUACUUCAGUGUGCUGUUUCCGGCCAAACCCGACCACUCGUCCGUCUCGCUGCAUGAUGUCAACGUGCACAUGCUGAACACGGGCUUCAUGGUGCUGGACGCCAUGAUAGGUGCGCGCCCCGUGCGCAUGCUGCACGUCAUCUACCCGCUGCUCUACGGCGUGGCCUACGUCAUCUUCAGCGUCAUCUACUGGUCACGUGACCCCGAGCACAACGUCGUCUACAAGAAGGUGCUGGACUGGAGCCAUCCUGGCCUCACUGUCGGUGUUGUGUGUGGACUGGCCGUCAUUGCAAUACCGCUCCUGCAGCUGCUGUUUUUUGCCGCCUACCAACUGCGUCUGAUUAUUUAUAGGCAUGUUUACAAAAAGGAUUACUUCAAAGAGUGACGUGUUUUUUUAGAAGAGGAAAGUAAAGGUAAAGGGUUCUAUAACCGUAGGGGCAGCAAUAGCAGUCAACGUAAGUGGUUCACCGUAUCUAGGGGACGACAUAUUCAAGUUUUCCCUUUUGCUGCCUAUCUUGUUAUGUACCCAUCCACUGGAUACGAAGGGGCAGUUGUUCAUUUACAAAUCCCUGGACUCGAACCGAAUAGCAUUUCCUCCGAAUUCGAGUGAACUAAUAUGCAAUGGAGCGUCCACAAUGAAGAUGAGAGCAGUAAUCAGAAUAUUCAUGCUCAGGCCCCUAGUUCUGGAGGCAAUAUGCUCUAAUCACUCCUCCCCUCCCACACAUAAACAAGAUUCACCAAUGAACACAAACAUGAACACUCAACUGCCAAAGAAGGGAUUUAAUCAUCUGACCGACAAUCUUCAAAGUUAUUAUGAAGUGUAUCAGUGACCAUUGUUCCAGUAGCCAGAUAUACCAGAUUAGUGGGCGGGAUUUGAAAAUGAAUGUGAAUGCAGCCUCAUCUGCUCUAAAAUGUAGAACCGAAGUCAAUCAGCCACCGUUAUACCUGUAAACAUACUUUCCUCUUUUUCCUCUGACAGUAAAGCGAUCAAAGGAUAGUGUAUGCAAUUGCCAGACCUGGAGAAAAGGUUUGUUAGACUAGGUCUUCUGCGAAAUAACACGUAUUACAGUUAGUAAAAGGAACGAAACAUUUUUAAUUGAUAAAUUUUAAUAAGAAAAAAUGCGACUUUCAGAAAUACAUCUGUGCUCUUCUAUUGACUGGUGUGUUUCAGUUGUUUUUUUCUCUUUGCCUCCAAGUAGAAGGGUUCGUGCAACCUUAAGUUUGAAACCGUGAGGGGUUUCUGGUGAUAAAUCGGCUUUGAGGCUUAAGCUGACAAAAUGUGCUAGUGUAAAUCAAGUCACAUACAUAUGUGUGUGUGUAAAUAUUAUAUAUAUAUAUUUUUUUCUAAUUCUGAUCGAAGUGAUAAACUGAAGUGCACAUGUAAGUCUCGUUAUUUAGUAGAGGAUAAGCAUUUACAUGAGUAUGAUAGCGACGAGAAAUUGUCAAGAUUCAAUAUUCAAGAUUCUUUAUUCUUUUCCCCUUUUAAGGGGUAUUGAGAUAUUCAGCGUGAAAACAGACGAGAAUACGACAUCAACGUCAGGUAAUCGUCAUCUUUCGUUGACGAUCUCCCUUCAUGCUGUCAAUAAUAAAACUUCUUGUUGUUGAUUGUUUCUUUGUUUGUUUGUUUUAUUAUAACUACGACACAGAAGGAAUUAUUUGAAAGCAAUAGUCUGGAGCGUCCUGCGCUACUUGGGGUUCGUUCGUUCGAACAUGAAACCAGUCUGCAUUAACAAAAUAAGUAUUUUCAGAAGAUAAAAUUUAAUAAAAGAUAUAAAAGAAAACAGCGAUGGGGGAGGCAUGAAAGAAAAUAAAGAAACAAGUUCCCGGGUGAGGCUGUUUGUGGCUGUGUCUGGGAAGAACAAAUAAAAAUUUUUUGCUUCA